CGUGGAAAAAAAAAACUUAUAUACACCUAUUGUAUGGGUGACGUGGUGCCACAGACCAGUAGCAAUCGGACAUUUAAUGGAAUCCACAAGCUUUAUUUUAACGUAGUAUGACAUUGCGAAUCAUCUAAGGCGUUGAAUUUACAUGGCUUGUGAUAAUUUGGAGUAGUGGAUGAUGUAAUAUUAGUGUUUGAUGCAAGAUUUUCUCACUUACAUGAGGAUUAUUUUGCUUGAAGAAAGGAAAUAUAUAAUUUUGUUGGGGAUGAAUUUCAUUAUACCCUUUCCUUUGAGCAAUACCACUCCUCCUUCCAUUAUAAUCUCAAGUCCAGCUCUUCGGUCACCUCUCAAAUCCAACUCCGAUACCUCUGCAAAAUGGAAAAACAGCGUUAGAGGGAACGAUGGUGGGGUCAUCGGUGUUCACCCUCUGAUGCUAAAGUCAAUGGUCGUUUCCAAAAGUUCCUUCUCCAUAAAAAUGGCUUCUCAAGUACGAUUGUUCCAUGGUUCAAAAUGAAGAAAAAAUGGGUUUGUUCUUCUUGGUGGGAGGAGGAAGAAGGAAAAGAAAGAGAAUGGAGUUGACCUUUUAAAAAGUUCAUUCGUCUGUUUAUUAAUUAAGAGAGGUCCAUCUUAUGGAUAAGGUGGUAAUGAAUUCUGAUGCUGAGAGGGGUCCUGAAUGGAGUUAUGCACCGGGUACCCAAUCUUUUCACAAAGCAACACCUUCUAAAGAAAACUACUUAUCAAAAUUCAAAAAGCUGUUGAAAGAAGAAGAGCUACCGAGUCAAUUUGAAAAGAUGUGGAAUAAGGUAUUUGUAUUGGCAUGUGUGCUGGCAGUGUCAUUGGACCCUCUCUUCUUUUACAUUCCUAUGAUAGAUAAGAAACAAAAGUGCAUAGUGAUGGACAGCAAGUUGAAGACUUUCGCUAUCGUUUUUCGAUUGCUCUCGGAUUUAACUUACAUAAUGGACAUUAUCUAUUACAUAGCUAAAGCUUCCAAAGCUUUAAAGAGAGAAAAACCACCACUCGUGUGGAAAAAAGGCGAAUUCCGUAAGUAUACUUUGGAAGUAACUAGGAGGCUUUCCUGGUUACAUGUCCUGGUUGACUUUCUUGCUAUUCUCCCUGUUCCACAGGUAGCAAUAUUGAUUUUACUUCCAAAAUGGAAGACGAAAUCGAAGUCAUCUUUGCAUACAAAGACGUUCCCGAAUGCGGUUAUUCUUUCACAAUAUGUGCCAAGAAUAUUUCGAAUCUACCUUUCAUGUGUGGAAUUUACAAGGAGUGCAGGCAUGGUGGCUGGAACUUUAUGGGUCAAGGGUGCAUUGAACUUUUUCCUCUAUAUUCUUGCUAGCCAUAUACUCGGAAGCUUUUGGUACUUUUUUUCUAUUCAACGAGAAACAUCAUGCUGGAAACAAGCCUGUCAAGGAAAAACUGGUCAAUGUGCAACUAGAAUUUGUGAUUGUGGUUCAAGUAAUGCCACGCUUCUAGAUCUUUCCUGUCCUAAAGAUCCAUCAAAUACAACAACUCUUUUCGAUUUCGGAAUAUUUCUUGAUGCCUUGAAGUCGGAUGUUGUGGAUUCCAAUUUGAAUGAUUUUCCAAAGAAGGUCUUUUAUUGUUUCUGGUGGGGCCUUCGACAUUUGAGUUCUCUUGGUGAUAACCUGGAAACAAGUACCUACACGUGGGAAAACUGCUUUGCAGUUUCUAUUUCAAUAAUUGGCUUGCUACUCUUCUUGUAUCUCAUUGGAAAUAUCCAGAUAUAUAUGCAAUUGGCAGCUACAAGAUCGGAGGACAUAAGACAGAAGAUGAAAUCGAAAAUAAUAGACAUAGAUACUUGGAUAGAAAAAAACGACCUUCCUAAGUCUUGGAAGCCAGUGAUGGUGCAAAAGUUACAACACAUAUUGGAGAAGGAAAACAGAGAUGUUGAUGUGGAGAAUCUCUUCUCAUUACUUCCUGCCGCUGAUAGAAUGUCAAUAAAGCAUCAUCUCUGCAUUAAAAUACUAAGGAAAGUUCGCGUGUUUCAGAAUAUGAAACAAUCGGUGUUAGAAGAUAUUUGCUCCCAUCUAAAACCAGUGAUCUACGGUGAGAAUAGUUACAUUGUUCGAGAUGGAGAUCCACUCGAUAGGAUGUUGUUUGUUACACAAGGCACCCUAUUGGCAUUCACAAGCAGCCGUAGUAAUAGCAAUGCUGGAAGUAGCAGUAGUGCUUCUAGUAGUGGUAAAAGCAUUUUCUCCACCAGCAGCGGUAGUAUGAGGCGUCUGAAGAAGGGAGAUUAUCAUGGAGAAGAACUUCUGGAAUGGUCGCUUACUCAUUUGUCCUUUACAGAGUUUCCCAUAUCAACCGCGAAUGUUAUGUGCCAUACAAAAGUUGAAGGCUUUGUUCUCAAAGCCAAUGAUUUGCUGAAUGCAGUGAAAAGAUAUUGGUGGCAUUUCAAAAGGUUGAGCCCCUACUCCUCCUCUAAUGUUUCUCAUCUUCAGGUGGAGCGUUGGCAAUUUUUGGCAUCUUCAGUCAUACAAACACUGUGGCGCCGCAAACGGGCAAAAAAGCCUGCAAACUACUUUAGGCAUGUGCAUGGUGGGAACUUGCAAGGAUCUUCAGAUAAGUAGCACCGUUUACGCCCCAUUGCUCACCACUAACGCUGAUGCUUGCAUACACCAGUACCACAAUCUCAAAGACUACUGCUUCCGAAUAAUCUCAAAGACUACCCGCAAAUAAAUAACAUUAAUUAUUUAUUUGUUUGGAAACUAUACUAAUUUUGUUUCUUAUAGUCUUUCAUUGAAAAUGAAGAAAGUUGUUGUUUCUGUUGCACUAUAUAACAAAGACUAGAAGUUUUUCA